AUGGAAGGAGGUGAAGGAGAAGAAGAAGAGGAGGAAGAGGAAGAGUUUCAACAGAAGGGACUCCCAGACGAAAUCAAGAAUCGGAAGUAUUUGGACAAGCACGGGAAUCUGUUGGAAGUGGAGCUGCUCAAAGAUAUUGAGGAGUUCGGGCUCGAAGACUGCGACAUUGAUCUGAACAGCGACGGAAUCGCCCACUGGAGACUGGCUCCAUCACGCAUGCAUCAAGAAGCCGUCAGGGCAAUCGAUUACCGUGUCACCGUCUCCCAAGGCGAGGAGAACGACCGUCUCUGUACUGAUCAAGGGUUCUCUGUUCUUAUCAACCUUCGGGGUGUUGAGCGGGACCCUGAUUUGGCUGUUUGGGGAAAGGACCACAUAACAACAGGUUCCUUUGGUCAACUUGUACCAAUUGCCAAAGAGGUUGUUGGGUUGGGCAGUUGGCGUGUGAAUCCCCACGUCAUCUUCGAGUUCAGUUGGUCAAACGAUUUGGAGAAAGAAGAAAUCCCCAAGUUCCGAGCUCAAAUGAAUCAACAUCUUGGGGAAUUGGGACAGAUCAACCUCGGAUUCCUCGUCAAGACCAAAUCCAGCAAGGGAAAGAAAUACCCCCCAAUGUAUGGCUUUGAUAUUUAUGAGGCUCGUCCUUCUGAUCGUGUGGAGGCAGGAAACCCCACUUACGAGUAUCGCGUUGGGGAUAAAGAAGGCGUCAACUUGAUUAUUCCAGGCGAUGACCUGACUAAUGGCGACGGCAGCAACGGGAGCUACUUGGACAUCACCAUCCCCAUUCAGGCCAUCUGGGAAGAACUUGAACGGACUGGGGUGAAAUUCGAAAAACUUGAAGAAACGAAUUAGCUUGAUCGCCUGAUAUGCGGGGGUUCUAAUAAGAUAAAUUAUAGUGGAUGGUUAUUGUUUGUUGUAUUGA